CAGCCAUAAGCUCCCCUACAAGUAAAUAAUUUUUUUAAUGAAAUUUAAACAGUUUGAAUUGCUUUAUGAUUUAAUUUGGCAUUACAGUAAAUUAAAUUGCGUAUGUAAUUCUUUUUAUUAAAAACGCAGACAGCGGAUAAGGUUUAAAAUUACUAUAUUUUAUCUCUCUAUACAUGGAUUCCCCUAAAGUAAUUGGAAAUCAGCGUUUGUUAAACCAUCAUUCACUUUAUAAAAUGAAAACUCCUCCUUGGAAAGAAACGUUUCGCAUGAAAUGUUUCCAAAGAUUAAAAUCCAGUCGUGGAAGAUUAGUGGACAAAUUUCGUGGUAUUGGAGUAGAAUCAGAUGAACUAGUUGAUGCACUGAUGACAGAAGAUAUAAGAAGUUUAUCUAUUCAGCCUGGACAUUUAAAAUUAAAUCAAUUAGAAUGUGAAGAAGUUGAUGAGUUUUUAUCGAUAUUACAGGAAAUACAAAAAGAGCUAAUGGAAGAAGAAAAAAAGUGGAUUGAAGAAUACAGCUCACUGUCAGAAACUAAUAGCUUAGAAUCAGCUCUUGAUUGGUUACAGAAAGAGGAAGUUAUUUGUCCUCUUUGCCAAAGAAAUCCAUUGCACCAGAAUGUAUCAGUUAUUUUUUGUGCAUGUGGAAUGAGAAUUGACACUAAACAAGAUGGUCUUACUUUGUCACACUUAAAAGAGAAUUUGCAUAUGGGACUUACUGAGCAUGAGGAAAUAUGCCAUGAAACUCCUAGUUUUUCUCAAAUUCAUUUCGGGGAUGCUAAUAAUAUUGUAUUGACAUGUGGAGGUUUUACUUUUUACUUGACCUUAUCAGAAGUUACAUUGCUCUUAGAUGUUUUGAUAGAACAUUGUGUUUAUAUAGUCAAAAUAUAUUUAGUGUUGAAAGAAAUAGAGGGAAUUUAUGUACUGAUGAACUAAUAUUUUUUUUAAAAAAAGAGCCAGUUUCUACACUGGAUGGCUUUUCUUUUCCCACUAGAACUGUGGAUGAAUUCAAAAGGAGGCAAACACAAUCAAUUGGCUUAUAGUUAGCAGCUUAUUGAUGUAGAUCCAGAAAUUAUUAAAAAAAGUUUUCAAAAUUGUAUAACAAAGCUUUGAACAACUGUGAAGGAAUUAGCUUAGUGUGUUACAAUGAAGUAAUGAAAAUUGCUGUACAUAGCUAUUUUUAAAGACCCUGCCAUAAAAUUUUGUAACGGUAGCAGAAAUUCUUUUUGUCACAAUGCUAAGAAAAAUGUACUAAAUUGCAACUAAUGGAUUAUCACUCUUUAAACAUAAAUAAUUUUAUUCUAGUGAAAGGUAUAUAUUUUGGAGAGAAUUAGUUUAAAUCAGUGUAACCCUUGUUGCUUUGUUAGAUUAUCAUUUAAGCAUCAAUUCUUUCUUAGUAGUUAUUUAAAUAUUAAAAUAAAUAAAAUAAACUGAAAAUAUUUGACUUU